AUAACCUCCAUGGACCGAGAUGAAAUCGACCACAUCUUGCGCCGAAGACGCAAACCCACUGAAAAGGCCUGCUAUCCUUGCCACCGGCGCAAAGUCCGCUGCAAUCACGGCCAUCCAUGCAGCACUUGCCAGAGACGGGGCCACCCCGAGAUUUGCUCCUAUUCUUUUUCAGCGACCAAGCGGCGUGGGAAACGACGUCAAGCCGAUGCUAACAACUCUCUGCGGGCUUCAUCAGUUGCAGACGAGUCUGUCCCUCGACGAGCUUCCACGCCAGCAGACGAUACAUAUGAGGGGGACAACUCCAUCGUCUCCAUGCUGCGACAGCGCGUUGCUGAUCGCCCGCCGUCCUCUGGUAUUCGCGACGCGCGCGUGUUUUUCGGUCUUCAAAACUCUUUUAGCAACGAUCCUCUGUUUACAGUUCCAACAACUCAGCAGAGAUGGGAGACUCUAGUAAAGCUCUCACCCCAGAAUGAAGAGUUUCACAGGUUUUUCCCUUCUUACCGCCACACGGCAUAUUCAUUCAUGCCAUUCCUCGUUGAUAUCGACCGCUUCGAGGUCCGUGUCUGCAAAUACCUCGAAAGCUGCGCGGCUGGGCAGCUACAGGACAAGUUACAUGCUUCGGAUACUUGGGUAAGCGAUGACGGAGUUGCCUUUGUCGCUCUCCUUUUGGCUAUCCUUUCCUGUGGCGCCCAUUUCUCAACUCUGCCUAUAACUCAACGAUCCGAGGCAGCUAGAGAUUUUGUGAGACGAGCUUUUCAAGUAUUACAAUUAGUCAACUAUAUGUUACGACCGUCCCUCGAUGCAGUACAGACCCUAUUAAUACUAGGGAAUACUCUCCAGAAUAUUGGCCAAUCCGAUGGUGCUUGGGUCCUCUUAGGGACCACUGCGAGGCUCGCUCAAGCGCUUGGGUUACACACCGAACAUGGUGCUGGCCAUUCAGGAUCGGAUAUCAGAAACAGAAGGGCUUUAUGGGCUGCCAUUGUUUGGCAAGACUGCUUUUUGAGUGUUUGUCAUGGCCGUCCAACCAGCGUUUCCAACAUUCAAGUGCAAAAGUUACACCGCAGCAACAUCUCCAGCUCUUUUCUUUCCUACACUGAAGUCAUGCGCUCUAUCGCAUACAUCUGCUUUGAAGUGACGGAGAGUAACCCAGACGCAGAGCAUUCUGUACGCCUCUUGCAAUCAAUAGACGAUUGCAGCUCGCGUGCCCAACCAUAUCUGCAAACACGAGAUUUCUGCAAGAAUUUACGAGAGCUUCUUGAGUACCUUGCAUUGCAGAUUAAUACCUCAUUUACAAUAUGCUUCUUAUGUCGACCUGCCAUCAGCAAGUCUACCCCAAUAUUGCAGACUGAUGCUCAUCGAUUGCUCAUCGUUCGAGCAAAAAGGGGCUUGCAGAAUGUAUUAGAAAGGUUCCUAGAGUUUCAAGCACUGAGUAUUGUCCCGCUGCGCAGCUGGUCAAUGAUUCACUCUGCUCUUACAUCCAUGCUACUACUUAGUAUCUGGGAGGAGACACGAGAUGAUUCAAAGUCCCAGGAGCUCCAGAAGAGCGUGCUCAACGUUCUCUUAAAGGCCAGCCAGCGCGAUGCCACUAUAGAUGCCAAUUCAGAGCCUCAUUGGUUGUCUACGAGACAUGUCCAGGCGCUGAUGACUCUUCUAGAGAACAUUCGCAACACCCCAUGUCCAACAACAGCUCCUGACCAGGCAUCUCGCAUCUCUAAAGAACAGCAAGAUCCUAAUGGCUCCCAAAUUCUGGGAAAUAUCAUGUCUACAGAUAUUUGUGCCAUUUCCGACCAAACGUACGCUGCGUUUGAUCAAAUGUAA